CGUUGUUGCCGCCGCCGUCGGUGGCCUCCUUCUGCUUCUGCUGCCGGCCAUGGCGAGCACAAGCAAAACCGCAAGCUCGUCUACGGCUGCGACGAAUACUGCGCUGAAUUCUUUGACGACGACGACCCCCGUCUUCCCGCCCCGCAUCUCCUACGCUGACGAGUUGCUCACCUCCGCCUUUGAUCUCACUCGGACGCCUUGCUUGGUCUGGUGUCGAUAUAGCUCUUAUGCCGACGCGAUCGACGGGGCAGAGGCCGUCGAGCGCGCCCGCCUGGCUAUCCCCGAAAGUAAUGCGGGGAAGGGUCUUCUCGAAUCGGACCUGACGAGCGUCAGGGCGGGGAGCCGAUCGCGCAUAUAUGUCUUCAGACUGGGGGCGAAGGAGGCACUGAGGGAGAUGAAGACCGCGAUGGCGAAGCUGAGCUUCGAGGGACUCGAAGCGACCCAGCCAGCGUGUAUCGCACUCGACGAGAUUUAUGGGCCGACGAACUCAUCCACUGCACGAAUACCCUCCAAGACUACACGCACCAUCCUCUCCCACUUCUUCGAGGCUAUCCGUACGCGCUUCGUCGACGAUGUCGUGCGGCAGGCGACUAACGUCAAGCGCGAUGUCCAACGCUUCAAGACGGGCUUUCUGUUCGGGGCGACAGUUCCUAUGGCACGAUCCACAAAGGAGCAACAAUCCACAGAAGACAACUGGUCUGCGGGGUGGGACGCUUAUGCCAGCGCAAGACCUCUCACCUUCGUCCACCUUGAUAUUCAGCUCGACGCUCGCUUGCGGCUGCUCAUCAACCCUAUCUUCCGUCCAACCAGUCAUCGGCCUCUCCCCUUACCGACGCCUUUCCAUCGACAUUCAAGAACAUCACACGCCAGCCACAGUUCGCUCUCUGCAGGAAUUCCCAUCACCCUCCUCCCGCAUGGCACUGCCGCACAUUUCCUCGCGGAGUAUACCCCCACGGAUAGCCGUGCCCUCGACCGCGAGUUCGAGAAAGGAUUUCGCGGAACAGGCGUUCUAUUCCACACCUCUAUUUCGUCCUCUCCCCAGGACCAUAAUGCGCAUAUACCUUCCACGCCAUACAUCAUUGGCUACCUCGCUAUCGAAAACCGUCACGGAGAACCGAAAGGGCUCACAUUUGUAUACCCACGUCAACUCUGUCUCCUUUCAACCGACCCGAAGCGCCGGCCGCUCGACAACCCACCCGAGUUGCCCGCCCCGUUGCAGCCAUCACCUACAUUGGCCAAUGCGAUACCACCUGCGCUCACGUCGCAGGCAACACUAGCGCCCGGACUGCACUCGGCCGUGGCAUCUGCGGCCUCAUCUGCCCCCGUUUCCCCGCUACCAUCGGCUUCAACCCAAGCAGCACACCCACAUGUCGCUGCAUCCAUUUCGAGGAACAAGGCUACGCAACUUUUCAAGACCAUGGUCGGCAGGCCCGGAGAACCAGGCGCCGUUGCACUUGAGGUCUCUGCCUAUGUGGACGCGGUCGCGAAGGAGCGCGAGCGCGAGCGGGAGAGGAUGCGCGCGGCUAGGACCGGUAGCGGAGCGGGCAAGGUUGAUGCGAGCUCAACGUCGGGUGCACAGGGAUCGACACCUGCAAUGCAGAUCACGACGCCAGGAGCGAGCGGUCUCACAGCAGGCGCGGGCUUCGCGGGAGGGCACUCCGCGUCUGCAAGCCCCGCAGCGCCUUAUCCUUCGGGCGCGAGCUCGUUCUACCCCUCUCCUCCGUCUACGGUGCCAGCCACAACACACAUCGUCCCCGGGAUGACACCGUCCGUGGUGGUCUCGCCUGCCGCUAUGGACAUCACCGCGCACCAUACUCCUGCAGCUCUCUCCCAACCCCAACCACCAUCGGUGCCUUCUCAGCCACCCACGGCGUCGACAUCUGUCUGGGGCAGCAUACAAGAUGCCGCCAACAAUGGCUUCGUCUCGGGCAGCACGGGCUUCGGCACGAAUGGCGGAGGCAGCAACGGGUUCGGCUCGAAUGGUAGCAACGGUACCUACGGCUACCUGGGGUCCAUGGACUUCAGCAUGUUCGAGGACGUGGGCAUGGACGCCUCAGUUGAGACUAGCGCUCCAGCAGCCGUCGCCGCCCCCGCUCCGUCCGCGCCCUCUUUCGCGGCCGCGCCAACCUCGUUCGACGCUUCAGGUAGUAUGGGCACAUCAGGCAGCUUCGGCACGAAUACUAGCAGUGCGUUCGACACAUCCAACGCGUUCGGGACUAGCUCCAGCAGCAUGGACAUGCUCGCCUUCGACAUGGAUAUGGCGUUCUCAGACGCGGAUUGGAAUUUCUUCGAUAAGCCUGGUACAACCUCUUCAUCCGAUAACGUUGCUCAAGAUGGUCCAACGCCGAUGGCGAUCACCUCCGAGCCUACCCCAUUGGCAGCACCCAUCACACCGGCCUCGAACUUCGCGAUGCCUCCCCCGCCACCUGCGCCGCCUCCUGCAUAUGCUACGCCUGCCACCCCCAUGCAGCACGCGACGCCUCUGCAACACGCCACGCCGAUGCAGCAAGCCACGCCUGCGUACUCCUCUCCCGCUGUGCACUUCGACGACGCGCACGCAAACAUCUCUUACGAGUCCCACGACCUCAUGCUCGACAUGACCACCCCGCAGGUGCUACCACCAUCCCCACCGCAGACACCAGGCGUACGCGUUAGUCACUCACGUAAUGGGAGUCUCACGGGCGGCGGUCGUUUUGAUCCCAUAUCGUUCGCCCAGAGCCACCAUAAUGCGGACAACAAGUACGCCGGGGGUGGGAAGUUUGCCUCCGGAGGCAAAGGCGGGAUGCUGCCCAGUCCGCCACCAGAGGACACGCCAUCGAGUGAGGCGAGUGAGAGCCAGGACGGACAGACGACGCCUCCAUCCCGUCCAGCGUGGUACCGCAGUGUCACUGACCCCAAGAUCGGCGUGGUGAAGCGCCUCAAUGGCGUCAAGCGCAAGUACAAGGGACCUGCCUCCCCUCGGGUGAAGCGGAUCCAUUCAGACCCCCAAUGCAUGACUUGGGAAGCACAAGGCAUACGCAAAGUUGAAGCCGGUCGGUGUCCUCUCGACAAGGCCAGUUGGGAGGACGGCGACGCGGACCUCGACUGGGUGCGGGAAGAAGAGCCACCGGAGACGGAGGAGGAAGAGGAUGAGUCCGACACCGACCACGAGGAUCUCGAGCUCGACGCCGAGAGCUUGCAGCCGCCAGACGGGAGGCUGGGUGCCAGCAACAGAGCAAGUCGCGCGCCGAGCGAAGCCCCGUCCUUACCUCCGUACCUUCCUUUGGGUCCGACGUUACUGAGGACGCAGUUCCGACAUUCCCUCCUCUUACCUCUAAGCUCGCAGUCGUCCUCCGAUAUGCAUACCAAUGCGGCUUCCGGUGGACAUCAAGGGAACACAGCUGCCUGUGCGCCGACGCCGGUCAGCCCAGCAGCCAUAAUGGGUGCGGCGGCCGAGCAGAGCAAGUCUCUGGAGGCGACGGCGCAGAUGGUGGCGAAGGAGGUCGCAGAGAACGGGGUGUGGGGCGAGGUCUGGCGCGCGGGCGUUGGGAGCAACGACGAAGGCGCACGAGAUGCCGAUGAGGAUGGAGAUCCCAUUGCGCCACACUCAAGCGAUAUCGCUGUUGUGCGGGAGCUGUGGAGUGCAGUUGGCGUGCAGAGUUUGACGUUGGGCGCAUUAUGUGGGGUCGAGGAAGAGUCUGCGCAAGAUCACGGCACGGCUGAUCAUGCCAUGGACAUUGACGAUUCAGCCGACUUGCCGACAAUCAGCAGCACUCUCAAACCAUCGCUCGCUGCACUCCCACCACCACACCUCACCGUCGCCAAAGGCAACUCAAUCGUUCAAGUCCUACCCACUGCACUUCGCUUCUGGGACAAGCUUGGUCUGGGCCCGCGAGCGGGGCGCAAGGAGGCCGUGGUCUACGUGGUCUACGAGGACGCGGCGACGUAUACUACGGCCGGCGCAGGCGGUCAAGCGGGUUCAUCGAUGGAGGCGCAGGUCAUGGCUUUCCUUUCGCAGUUGGUCGGCUGCUUUAAGACGCAUCAUUAUGGCGCUCUCAUCCCAGGGAACAGCAUCAACAAUCGUCCUGCUGGGCUUUUUCCUGUCCGCUUUGACUCCAGUAUCCGCAAGCAGCUCGCUCAUCUACACGCCGCCCUCGAGUCCAGCCUCCACGACGACGACACCCAACCACCGCCCACUACCCUCCUCCUCUUCCUAACACCCCUUCACCUCCUCUCCCUCGCCACCCCGCCCCUCCGCCACCUUGCCGCCGCGCUCCUCCGAACUUUCCGCCCCGCCAUCGAAUCCGGCAUCCUUUUUCCCCACCUUCUUCCCGAGCAUGUCCUCGCCUCUUCGCCUGCUGCGCCGUCCCCCUUCGCCUCCGCCGAGCUUGCCCGCGUGUGCGCGGACAUUUACGAGCGCGUCAGGCAGCCCGUCGCACGCUCUGCUGCUCGGGCGUUCUUUGCGCGGCAGCGCUUGAUCACUAGAGUGCAGGCGCCCGCGAGCGCGAUCGCGCGCCCGGUACCAAAGGUCAAGGUGACAGCGGACGCGGGAACUGGGACGUUGCCUUUAGAUGCGGGCACGCUCUUGCACGUCGGGUACCAGGUCAGCGCAUCGGGCAAAUGGGUGCUGUGCGCGUGCGUGGAUGAGUAUGGCGAGGGCUGGGAGACGGGUGUAUGGUUGGUAGACGGGGAGGGCGACAACGAUGACGGGGAUGGCGAUGAGCAGGAAGGAGCGAGAGGACAAGGUGCUGGUGUCGGCGCUGGCGCGGAGGCGCGUGUUGUAUCCCGCGUAUGGGAGUUUGCGGUUCGAUUUGCGAGCAAGGCGGCGGUGGACUGGCGCGUUGCGGUGGCACGGCUGGGCGUGAUGCCCGUGCGCGAGGUAGAGGCCUGGGCACACCUCCUCGAGGACCCGCCCGAGAUCUCGCCCUCUUGCACGGCGGUGUUCUGCGUCCAGCACGAUGCGCCGUGGGCGUUUGCCGCGCUCGCUCGGCCCCGGACGACGUCGAGUUCGCCUAUUCUUGACCCGCGCACGGGACCUCCAAGCAAGCACACAGCGGGCCAGGCGAUCGCGAAACACGCCGCCAAUCAGGUCUACGUGGACGCGUCUGCGGCGAUCUUCGCACUCGAGGUGCGCGGGGGCGGCCUUCCAUUGUCUGCCUCGCAAGACGCGGCAGUGCGAGGCUCCUUCGUCGAAGAGAGCGCGCGCGACAAGGAGCGCGAGCACAGCGAGGACUUGGAAGACGACGCGCUCGACCUCGAUGCCUGCGGCCCCCUGCCGCGCCGGACGAGCGCGCUGGUGCGCACGACGGCCACGGCCGGGAUCUCCACGCUCCAGCUGCACCUGAUGCACGUCCGCUGGUCCGGCGCGCAGGAGGGCGAGCAGAAGGCGCGGCUGCGCGUGCUGGAGAAGGAGCUGCACGCGGACGUCACGGCGAGCUACCACUGCCUCGCCGCGCUCGCCGCGGUGCGCGGGAGGCACCGGCAGGGCGUGGACCCGCUCCUACCGCUGCACCUGGCGGCUACGGAGGCGAUGACACGGGCGUUGGAUCGGGGGGAGGAUGGGGCGGACGUGUGUGGGGGUGAAUCGUGAGAGCGGGUGAGUUGUGAGAGCUAGGGAGCGUCUUGAGUGGAGGUGUUUACAGUCAUUUGCAGAAAAGUUGGCAGGCCCGCGCCCGCACUUUUUGUUGCACGUGGGGCGCGUCGACCAAUGCCGUCGCCAGCGCAGUCGUCCGGGUCGCGACGACGCCUGCGAUUGGCCGCGGGCGCCUCGUGGCAGCGAAAACGCGACGCGCGGGUCUGCCAACUUUUCUGCAAGUGACUGUAUGUUUGAUUAUGAGUAACGUUACGACCCAGUAUCAUCUCCAUUGUACACUAGCGCAUGUCAUUGCAUCUUGGACGCGGCUGCAUAUUCCAUAGAACCUAUCUCAUGUUUGACAUCUCUCGUCUGUACAAUAGUAAUAACCACGAACUUCCUCUUGAG